AUGCAGCGUGCGGGACCGGUGGCUGCAGUAUCAUACACGUUCUUGACAGCUGGAAUCAUUGCACAGUCUGUUUGCCCUCUGUUUCUUGGUUUCUUGAAGGAUUAAUUGAAGAUAUUGCAAGCUGAACAGUUGAUGCAUGCUGAUGCUGCUGGGGAAUGAAUGGUUUCAGUGAAACGAGUGCGCUGAGAAUUUGGCUGUCUGAUGAUGUUAUUGAGAUGCAUCUGACAGAGGCUGACUCGGUGGAACGGUGGUUGCAGGAUUUGAGAAUGAUGACAGAUUGUGAAUGUAUGUGCAUACUGCAGGGCAAACCUAUCAGGACAUCGGCCCAUAACAUUGCCAAAGUCACCUCCAGUGCAAGAGAUAAUAUCUACAUCCUUAGACAGCGGGCGAGUUCAAUAUCAGCAGACUUUGCCAAGCUUUAUUGUAAACUUGAUUCUGGUGUAUGGGAUCAGAUUCAUUGGUUAUGUCUUUCAUUGACGAUACGCCUGCGCACAUUCCUUCAUGACUGCACCUCGUUUGUUCCUUCAAUGCCUUUGCAUCUGUUUCAGCAACAACACACAGUCUUACAGGAGUGCGCCAGGCUAGUCAAGCAUGCUGAGAGCUUUGAGGGUAUGAAUGGGACCCUGCCCCCAGCUGUGCCUACAUUGAAAGUCUUGAGUGGUCUUGGCAAGACAUUUAACGGGUUAGUCCACAUGGUGCAAGCAAUCCUGAUUCAGACCAUCGUGAAAAGUAUUCAAGAUUCUGCCAGUGAAUACAACAUAAAAAUUGCAGUCAACUCAGUGCAUUGUUUGUCAGAGGAUGGGAAUGAGAUGUGCCGGUUAUUAGCAAAGGAGGGCGCUAUACAAUCUCUUCUUGAACUCUGCCAGCAGGCAUCUCUUAAUUCCAUGAAGCCAGUUGCUCUAAGAACGGUGGCUAAUUUAUGCAAUGUUGCCGAGGGAAGGCAAGAGCUAGAAAGAGCCAGUGGGGUAGAAUACCUGAGUGAAAUUUUAUCAUCUCCAACAUCGACAGAGUCGGUGAAGGCGGAGGCAGCCUCUGUCAUAGCCCAGAUCACAUCUCCAAGUAUUGACAACUAUCAUCACUUACUGGGCUUCAUUGAAUACAUGGAGGACCUCCUUAAAGAAUUAACCGCAUUGUGUGAAAAUGCCUCAUCAAGUUCUGUUUUUGUCAUCUCAACAUCUGCAAUAGCCAAUAUCACCUUCAUGGACAGUAUGGCCUGUGAAUGCCUGGCCAGUUACCACACCACAAGGGCGCUAGUCAAAGGUUGUAAAGGAGGCAAAGCCAGCACUCUGUACUGUCAAGAUCAGGUAGCAACAAUAUUAGCCAAUAUGGCCGUCACAGAGCAGUGUCGAAAAGAAAUAAUUGAAUCCGGCGGUACAAGACUCCUGGUGAGUUUCCUGAGCGCGAGGGCGCCAUCAUAUUCAGGGAAGGAGAGUCCACAGAGUAGUGAUAGCGGAGACGUUCAGCAAGCGGCUUUAUUAUCCUGUGAAAAGGUGCUUCAGAAAGCUGCAAUUGCCUUGGCUAGAUUAGCCAGGGAUCAGACCAGUGCAGAACACAUUCUAGAUUUAGAAGCCAUUCCUAGGUUAGUAGAGCUGUGUAGCAACAGACGAGAGAGGAAUGACAGUGAACCGGUCCUUGUUGCUUGCCUUGCUGCAUUGAGGAGGCUUCACAGUAUUCUUGGGCCGUCUGUCUUCAAGACGUCUGAUGUAGAGCAGCUGAUUCGACCAAGACUCAUUGAUUCAUUCAACAUGUGUGCAAAAACCAAAGAGAGUUUUGUGUAAACAAACUCUGAAAUCACUCUGCCAAGACACAUUGUAAGAUUUGUCUUUCAACAAAGAACCAAACUAACAGAAGUGGUUACUGAAAUAUUUCUGACAAAUUCCGUGGAUCAUCAUAAUUCUGAUCAAAGUGCUGGAAAAUUUGCAAAAGCAUCGUGGAAAUAUACUACGAUUGUGUAGUAUAAAUUAAAUUAAAUUAAAUUGCAGUUGUGUACCUUUUCUUGGUGCAAGACG